AUGGUAACACAUAUACAGGUACACGAGAACAAGUACACGAGGACAAGUACACGAGAACAAGUACACGAGAACAAGUACACGAGGACAAGUACACGAGAACAAGUACACGAGAACAAGUACACGAGAACAAGUACACGAGAACAAGUACACGAGAACAAGUACACGAGAACAAGCACACGAGAACAAGUACACGAGAACAAGUACACGAGAACAAGUACACGAGAACAAGUACACGAGAACAAGCACACGAGAACAAGUACACGAGAACAAGUACACGAGAACAAGUACACGAGAACAAGUACACGAGAACAAGUACACGAGAACAAGUACACGAGAACAAGUACACGAGAACAAGUACACGAGAACAAGUACACGAGAACAAGUACACGAGAACAAGCACACGAGAACAAGUACACGAGAACAAGUACACGAGAACAAGUACACGAGAACAAGUACACGAGAACAAGUACACGAGAACAAGCACACGAGAACAAGUACACGAGAACAAGUACACGAGAACAAGCACACGAGAACAAGUACACGAGAACAAGUACACGAGAACAAGUACACGAGAACAAGUACACAGGAACACUGGGUGGACGAUCUACCCACGAUGUAUUUCCGUCACCUGUACCAACAGCAACUAAAAAACAACAAAAUCUGAAUAACAUAAUUGCCAGACGGGUGAAUACCAUAACUGCUAGACGGAUGAAUACCAUAACUGCUAGACGGAUGAAUAACAUAACUGUUAGACGGAUGAAUACCAUAACUGCUAGACGGAUGAAUACCAUAACUGCUAGACGGAUGAAUACCAUAACUGCUAGACGGAUGAAUACCAUAACUGCUAGACGGAUGAAUAACAUAACUGCCAGACGGAUGAAUAACAUAACUGCUAGACGGAUGAAUACCAUAACUGCUAGACGGAUGAAUACCAUAACUGCUAGACGGAUGAAUAACAUAACUGCCAGACGGAUGAAUAACAUAACUGCCAGACGGAUGAAUACCAUAACUCUUAAGACGGAUGAAUAA